AAAGUAGUUCGUCUUGUCCCUUCUUUACCAAAAUAUCAAACAACACCAGCUCUAUUUUUCAGCCUCACAAUCAAUGACCAUUAUCCCUAACCUCCAAAACCUGCAACAACAAAAGAAGCAGUAGCGAAAUCCCGACGGUGUGAAGGCUGGACUUUGACACGUAAGAACUGAUUGACCAUCCAGUUGGUCAAUAUGGCCCUGAAAUGUAAUCAAAGCCCAAAUAAGUUGGCGAAUUGUCGAAUGUGGUAAAGCGUGGCAUUCAGUAAGCGGUAAUCCAUAAAUAUAAUAUACGCCAUGAACAAACUCCUUUCGAGUCGGUCUUCAUCCAUUCGGUCCAUGCCCGAAAAUUACAUCUUUCCUGUCGAUUCAAGACCUGGAGAAGAGACGAUACCUUUUUGCGACGCUCUUCCCGUGAUCAACUUACUUUCGUGUGAUCGCGAUAAUGCAGUUCAACAAGUUCUCGAAGCAUGCCAAGAGUUUGGAAUCUUUCAGUUGAUUAACCACGGAGUUGACGAGGAUCUAGUGAGCGACACAAUGAGGGUGGUCAAGGAGUUCUUUAACAUGCCAGAAAAGGAUAAGGAAGAAUAUUACUCCGAAGAUCCAAAUAAAAAGUGCAGGCUCUUCACUGGUGGUUAUGACUACAAAAAUGAAAAUACUCAUUUGUGGCGAGACACCCUACGACACCCAUGUAUUCCUUUAGAUGAAUGUGUUCCCUUGUGGCCUGGAAACCCCACGAGAUAUCGAGAUGUAGUUAGGAAAUAUGCUCUUGAAAUGGGAAAAUUGUCAUCAAAAAUACUAGAGCUACUAUCUGAAGGACUUGGGCUUGGAUCUGGAUAUUUUGGAGAAGAUUUAGCUGGUGUUCAGAACUUUUCGGCACAUCAUUACCCACCAUGUCCUGACCCAAGUUUGGCUUUGGGCUUUCCUACACAUUGUGACGUUAAUCUCAUAAGUUUCAUUCUUCAAGAUGAAACAUAUGGGCUUCAAGUGUUCAGAAAUGAAAAGUGGAUGGGUGUUCGGCCCAUUCCGAAUGCCUUUCUUGUCAUUGUUGGGCUCCAAGCUAAGAUUAUUAGUAAUGGGAAAUUAGCAAGUCCACCACAUAGAGCGAUAACAAAUUCGUCUCAGCAACGGACAUCAAUUAUAUCUCCCAUAUUCCCAAAGCCAGACAGCAUCAUAGAACCCGCUAAAGCUCUCAUCAAUGACUCUAAUCAGCCAAUUUAUCGAGCUUUUGAGUAUAACGAGUUCUUCAGGACCUAUUAUGAAAAGAAAGAUUUCAGUGAAGGAGCGUUGGAAGAUUUCAAGGUCAAAUCUGUGCACCUUACACUCUAGUGAUGUACUCAGGCAAUGCCGCUGAACCCAGGUUUGUCGUUCAAAGGAAAUUUAUGAUUAUAGAAGUUUUAGAAUAUAUAUGAUGUAAAAUGUUAAUAUUCCGUGAAAAGUUAAUAGGCACUUCAAUAGAUACACGUAAUUGAUCAGAUGAACGCGCAUUGUUCUGUUGAGCCUAUUGGCAGAACUAUCACAGAAGUUCAUCUGCGGAGUUUGUAUAAAUGCGUGGCUGAACGUUAUAUAUAGUUCUUAAAUGUGUUGUUUUAUCA